AUGGUUAGCGGCUUUUCGUUGUCACACAAACCAAACGAGCGAUUGCAGCUCCUUGCAUUUUCAUCGCCGGCAUCACGUGCGUUAGAGCCACGCUGCAUAUGCAGCAGCCAGCUUGACCCCGUUUACGGCCUAGCCUUGCGCUUGCCAAAUCAUGCACGCGUGCGUGAAUGCGCGCUAGCAUCUUCCAUUUUGCGCGCAAACCCAACUCCAACUGCAACUUCUCUGCCUGUCCGUCCGGCCUGCAACUCUUCUGCCUGUCCGGCCUGCAACUGUCUCGCCGUCCGCACUGCAACUGUCUCGCCGUCCGCACUGCAACUGUCUCGCCGUCCGCCAUGCCACUCUUCUGCCUGUCCGGCCUGCAACUGUCUCGCCGUCCGCCCUGCAACUCUUCUGCCUAACCUGCAUCGAAAAGCUCCUCACAAUGCAGUCAAAGCCCAGGAGAUCACGGCUGAGAAAACCGCAAGUAACGCAGCGAAAGCUGCGGCAACGUCCAUUCGUCGGUCCCAGGAAUCCAUGGCUGAGAAAACCGCACGCCAUGCAGACGACACCACUGCAACUUCUGCUGCAAGGUCAUCGGAAAGUUCCGCGCAAAAGCGCAAAAGACGGCAACGCGAUGCAAUUUCAACGUACGCUGCUACAGCUAUGACCUCUUUUGGUGGUAAUAUGCCUUCCGCGAAGUCGGUUGGAAUCCCACCUUCAAUGUUCAAGGUCAGGUUUACCACCGGACUGUCUCUUUUGCCGGAAACUGCCACUGAUUCGGCCUUUCUGCAAAUAUACUUCAUAGCUGACUACAAUCAACAGGCAGAUGCCCGCAUGGGCAUUAUUCCCGAGAACGAUACAUGCCAGGACAAUCACUCUCGCAAAGAAUAUCAUAAUGAGUCUCCAACAAUUGCUCCACGAGACAAACAGUUAUAUUUCAUUAUUUUAAUUGAUGCUGACAAACGGUAUCACGGAGAGCAGGAACGUCGUCACCACGCUCCGGCAAAUAACGAAGUUUCUGUCAUUCUCAGCGAUGAUAAGCACAACAGACGUGACAUUGUUCUCGAAUCGCGCGGCAGUGGGCUCCGAAGAAUCAGUGAAACGCAACGGUCCUACGAUGCACUGCAAUACCCACUUCUCUUCACUUACGGAGAAGAUGGGUACCACUUUGGCAUUCUGUAA